AUAGAUAUAUAUAUAUAUAUAUAUAGAUAGAUACACUGUCGGUUGCCCAGAGCAAGCUUUUUUACAUAGGUUGGAAGGAGUGAACUUGUAUAUUUAAUUCUUAAGAAAUGUCGGACUCUAUUGAUCGGGUUUUUGUUAAGGCGAUUACUACUAUAAAAGCGCUUUCUUCCCGUUCCAAUUAUGGAUCGUUACCACGUCCGCCAGCUGAAAAUCGGAUAAGACUAUAUGGAUUAUAUAAACAAGCCACUGAAGGAAAUGUUGAAGGUAUUAUGACCCGUCCAAUAGGGUUUUCCAUAGAGGAUGAAGGUGCUAAAAAGAAAUGGGACGCUUGGAAACGAGAAGAAGGAUUAUCUAAGACUGAAGCUAAAAGAAGAUAUAUUUCAUACCUUAUUGAAACAAUGAAAGUUUACGCUAGUGGAACGUUGGAAGCAAGAGAAUUAUUGAGCGAAUUAGAAUAUUUAUGGGAUCAAAUAAAAGAUGUUCAAUUUUCUCCGGAUGAAGAAGCUGAACAUGAAAAUGAAGAUCUUUAUAAUAUAAAUUAUCCUCAAUCGCUUGUUUUUCUGCAUCCAGGUGAUCAAUCUGAUCGCUUAUCUACAGCUACUCCUUUACCCUUGGGUAGUAACUAUUCUGCUUCAGUUGUUCCAAAUCAACAAUAUAGAAAUAAUUUACAUAAAAUUUAUUCUCAUUCAAGAAGAAGUACCAUGCUUUCAAUAAAUGACUAUAUCAAUCAACAAAGACAAUCAAAUGCAACUUCUCAGGCGGGGCCAAGAGAGGACCAGUUCAAACAAGCAGAUACUGGUUAUCUGUUGCCGGCUCCUCCUCUUGGUUCGAGUGAUGCCAAUAAACCCCCAGUCGAUUUGAGUGAAUCCGCUUUAAAUGACUUGAAAAAUUGGCAAGGUGAGAUCAAUCUUAUCAUAAAUCGUCUCUCCAAAGAAUUCUUAACCGAUAAGAUGUCUCAUAAAAGGGACUCCUCGAAUGGCAAAUACUCGUUGGCAGGUACAAAUAAUACCAACUCUUUUACAAGAUUUAACGCAAUAAGGUCUUCUACUAGUGAAUCGGAUGGAUCUGAAUUUUCUGAUAUCGAUCCUUCAGUUCGUUUGCGUAAAAGAAUCACGGCUAUCCUAAAAUUCUUAGGUAUAAAUGCCUUUAAGUUCUUGAAAAAUUUCUCAGUCAGCCUCAUAGCCAUUCUCUUCAUCAUUUGGUGCUUUAAGAAAAAUGUUAUUGUCGAGAGAACUUUUGUAAAGGAACCUUUGAGUAAUAACAGACAAAAGAAAGAAUUAAUCAUCAAUAUGGUGUUAAACACCGACGAAAACAAAUGGUUUAUAAGAUUAUUGAACGUUUUGAACAGCUUUGUUGGAUUUGUCUAG